ACUUCCAGCCAGCAGUCAUUCUUUGCAUUCUCUUUCCACCGAACGACAAUGAGGUCGCCGCUGUAGCAACGUAGAUGCUGUUGCAAUGAUUGCCGGGAAAUAUACUGAGAAAACUACUGCAGCGGAGAGCUCGUGUGACGACUAACUAGACAGGCUUGCAAGAUUCCGAAAUAGCAAAAGAGGGUUUUCUAGUUUUAUUUUACAGGUUUUCAAGAAACAUACAAUCGCAUAACGCUAAAAUGGCAGGAAGUGCAGGGGAGUGGUGUCUCAUGGAAAGCGACCCGGGGGUUUUCACAGAAUUGAUAAAGGGCUUUGGGUGCAAAGGAGCACAGGUUGAGGAGAUAUGGAGUAUGGAACCUGAAAACUUUGACAAGCUGAAACCGGUUCAUGGAUUAAUUUUCCUUUUCAAAUGGCAGCCUGGGGAAGAGCCUGCAGGUUCUAUUGUUCAAGACUCAAGGCUUGACCAUAUCUUCUUUGCCAAGCAGGUCAUCAACAAUGCGUGUGCUACACAAGCCAUUGUCAGUGUUUUACUCAAUUGCUCACAUCCUGACAUAGUUCUUGGAGAAACAUUGACCGAGUUCAGAGAAUUCUCACAAAGUUUUGAUGCUGCUAUGAAAGGUCUGGCCUUGAGCAACUCUGAAGUGAUUCGACAGGUCCAUAAUGGCUUUGCCAGACAGCAGAUGUUUGAAUUUGAUGCAAAGUCAUCUGCAAAGGAUGAAGAUGCAUUUCACUUUGUGAGCUAUGUUCCAGUUAAUGGCAGGCUUUAUGAACUGGAUGGACUUCGUGAAGGACCAAUUGACCUUGGUGUCUGUAACCAGGAUGACUGGAUAAGCGCAGUUCGGCCUGUUAUCGAAAAAAGGAUACAGAAGUACAGUGAAGGAGAAAUCCGUUUCAACUUAAUGGCAAUUGUGUCAGACAGAAAGAUGAUUUAUGAGCGCAAAAUUGCCCAGUUACAGGCUCAGCUCACGGAAGAUUUCCUUACUUUUCAGGAGGAACCGAUGGACACAGACCAGAGCAGCAACCUGCUCAGUUCGAUUCAGUCAGAAAUUGCUAAGUACCAACUCCUAAUUGAUGAAGAGAAUCAAAAGCUGAAGCGAUAUAAAAUUGAAAACAUUAGAAGAAAACACAACUACCUGCCCUUCAUCAUGGAACUGUUAAAGACACUGGCUGAGUACCAACAAUUGAUACCGUUAGUGGAAAAGGCAAAAGAAAAGCAAAGUGCCAAAAAAGUGCAAGAAGCUAAGUGACAAUAUACUGUUCUUUAAUGUUCGUCUGAAUGGCCACGGAUAAACCUCACCAGUCUUCUGUACCCCCUGUGGUGAGCACAGGGUAUUCAACUGUAGACUGUCUUGCAUUUGGUAAUGAGCUGUAACAUGCAUGUAAGGAAAUGUUUAAAUAAACAUGUCUAUUAUUUUCAUGUAUAAA